AAGAAGAAGACGACGACGAAGAAGAAGAAGAAGAAGAAGAAGAAGAAGACGACUCCUCUUCGGCUCAUCUCCUUCUUCAAAACAGUCUUCGUGGAGUAAAGUGAGAAAAGAAAACGUAUUUAUUAUCGUGUAUGUUGAAGGGACGACUUUUUCAACGACUGACUGUCCAGUCAUGGCGGAAGAAAAGCAUAUUUAGAGGACAAUUCCCAACCCUGGAGAGGAUCCUUAUCAGACCACUGGCACCAUGAGGUGACGACUGUGACGUCGUGUACUGUUUCUGACGCGGACACAUGGCAAGGAUCAGUUUCUCCUGCCUGCCGGCCUCCUGGUACUGCAGCGUGUCCCUGCUGUCUCUGAGCUGUGUCUCCAGGCAGAGACUGCUGCUGCUGCUGCUCUUCAUCACAUCCGCCCUCCUCCUGGCUUCAUACCAGAGGCAGCUGUGGGGCCCGCAGCGACGGCCAGGGUCCCGUGUAAAUAAGUACCUCUCCAUUGCAGAGACCAUGGAGGCCACUGACAUCCUCAACCCGGCUCUGAAUUAUGGGAUUGUGGUGGACUGCGGCAGCAGCGGUUCUCGGGUCUUCGUGUACUACUGGCCCCCCCACAACGGGAACCCUCACACCCUGCUGGACAUCAGACAGAUGAAGGACCGCGACCGCAAACCUGUCGUCAAGAAGAUCAAACCUGGUAUCUCCACUCUGGCAAAAACGCCAACUCAGGCCAGCGACUACCUCCAUCCUCUGCUCAGCUUCGCUGCUGCUCACGUCCCGAGGACCAAACACAAAGAGACGCCGCUCUACAUCCUCUGCACAGCUGGCAUGAGGCUUCUCCCUGAGAGCCAGCAGGCAGACAUCCUGGAGGACUUGAUCGCUGAUGUCCCCCUGGAGUUUGACUUCUUGUUUUCACGUUCCCACGCUGAGGUCAUCUCUGGGAAACAAGAAGGAGUGUACGCAUGGAUUGGCAUUAACUUUGUGUUGGGCCGCUUUGAUCACGCGGAUGACGAGGACGCCACAGUUGAGGUGACAACUGGCUCUCAGAAUCAGCAGCCAAUCAGCAGGCGGCGUACGGUGGGCAUCAUGGAUAUGGGGGGAGCUUCACUGCAGAUUGCUUAUGAAGUGCCGAGUGCCAUCACCUUCAUUUCACCACAAGAGGAGGAGGCGGGGAAGAGUGUUCUCGCAGAGUUUAAUCUGGGCUGUGAUGUUGAACACACACAACACGUUUACAGAGUCUACGUCACCACGUUCCUCGGCUUCGGGGGAAACAUGGCCAGGCAGCGCUACGAGGACCAGCUGGUCAACAACACACUGGCAAAGAACAGGUUUCUGACCGCGCAGACGGGCCUGAGUGAGGACAAACCAUACCUGGACCCGUGUCUGCCAGCCGGUCUGUCAGACACGGUUGUGAGAGACAACCACACGCUGUACCUGAGGGGUCAAGGAGACUGGACUCACUGUCAGGAGGCUGUGCGACCUUUUCUAGGCCUCCACAACGGCACCAUGUCACCACGGGGCAUCUACCAAGCCCCGAUCAACUUCAGCAACAGUGAGUUCUACGGUUUCUCUGAGUUUUUUUACUGUACAGAGGACGUGCUGAGGCUCGGGGGACACUACGACAGUGAGAAGUACUCUCAAGCUGCUAUGGAGUACUGCUCGACCAAGUGGUCAACUCUAAAACAGCGUCUUGACAACAAGCUUUUCUCUCAGCAGGCGGACAUGGGCAGACUAAAGUAUCAGUGCUUCAAGUCAGCCUGGAUGUACGAGGUGCUACACUCCGGAUUCCGUUUCCCCACCGACUACACAAGUCUGAAAACAGCUCAGCUGGUUUAUGACAAGGAGGUCCAGUGGACUCUGGGAGCCAUCCUGUUCAAAACCCGCUUCCUGCCUCUCAGGGACCUUCAGCAGGAAACAUUGCGGCAGAACCACCCCAGCUGGCUGCGAUCCUCCUUCGUCUACAACCACCACCUGUUCUCGCUCUGCAUCCUGGUGGUGGUGCUCGCCAUCCUGCUCUACAUCCUGCGCCUGCGGAGGAUCCACCAGCGGGAGCAGCGUCAGGCCGAGGUCCUGGACCUCAUCUGGGUGGAGGAGGGAGAGGCCCUCAUCGCCUGAGAAACUCGUUUGGAAUGUGUCGUUUACAAUGGAUGACCUGAAGGGUCUUUUUGACUUACCAAUAUGCAAAGGAUGGACACAUGCAAAGACCUAAGAAUUUAUAGCCUGAAAAAACAUCCAGGUAAAAGAAACAAGAGCCUUUAAAUCAAACUGCUCUGUUCACUCUUUAACCAUGCAGCUUUAACAUGAAUCAUUUUGAUUUGCUGCUCUUUUCUCCUGGAGUCCUAAACUAUGUGUCUGUUUGGGUCUUCAACUUAAAGUCCGUUUAUCUGAACCCGGUGGGUUAAAAAUGUCUUCACUGCUGAGCAAGGAGACGAAGGUGAUGAAGCUCCCUGGAUAUUUAAAAUAAGAAUUUAGAUCUCAAAACCAUUAAACAUCCAUUCAGGAGAAAGCAAUCCGAAGGCACAGAAGAGGCGAUUUCACCUUGCUGAGGAUUCAUGUUGUUUUCCAUCAAAAACAAAAUCAUAGAAGUCCAUCACAGCUCCAUCUUAACUGAAGCAGUGAUGAUGAAGCAGUCCUUCACAGUUACAGCUCACAUAAAAGAUCAUGUUUAUAUUGUGUGGGACAGAGAUGGUUGAGAUGGAAAAAAGCUGUAAUGUAAAAUCAUUUUGGAUAUUGAACAUCUGACUGUUCAAGACCGGCCACCGUACAGAUGUUCAACAACCUAACCUCUAAUCCCGUCCCUCCUUAAAGCCACAAGAAGGAACAGGAUCUAAAUAUAUAUAUAUAUAUAUAUAUACACACACACAGUAAAUGGCAUUCCAAUGUUUCUAGAUCAGUUCCUUCCCCUCAACUCGAACUCUUGACCAUCGACUAUCUUCAUCAGGUGACACGUCAUUCCCAAAUGCAAACAGAGUCUGAAGAUGGAGACGCUUUCACCUCCUCAUAAAUCCUCAUGUUCACAGCCCUAAAGAUAUUCAGCUCUGAGUGUGCUGUGAUAUCAAAGCUGACUAUCAUUAUCAUCAUGCAUCAUCAUGCAUCAUCAUCAUCAUCAUCAUCACCACGAGUGCAGCAGCACUUUCUUCCAUCAAAGACGGGCAGUGUUUCAUCGAACUCAUUUCCUUAAAAGCGAUGCUGCAGACUGUUGAUGUGAGCCACAGAGAUCAGCAUCACAUUGUUCUUGGAUUCUUUAAACACCACUGUUGUCCUGCCAAGACCCUCGUCUGUCCAGGGCAGAUUACUAUCAAAAGACCGGCCGAGCCAAGUGGUGUUUUAGCUGAAAUGAGCAGAGAUCUGCUCAGUGUUAGGAGGAUGGCGCUGAAAGCAGACAAACCCCUAAAGGCCAGAUCUAAGAUGAGACCGUCUGACUCAUGAACAGAAAAACAAAAAGGACUAAACUUUGAUCAGUAAAAAACAAGAAAAACAAACAUGUUUUUCCCCCCAAUAUGAACUACUUCUAAGAGGGGGGGGGGGCUUAUCCUUAGGCAGCCAUUUUCUUGAUGUCACACACAUAGAAGCUCAAACGUUUUAUAUUGAAUUUCUUUUUAAGGGUUACAGAUCAUGAAAAGGAACAAAUUGUUAAAAAUGGUGCAGCUUUCGCAAAUGAUCAGCAGCUUAAAAGACAAAUGAUAGGAACACUCUUCAGUGAACUUUAAAUUAAAUUGUGUAGUCUAAAUGACAUAUUUUAGGACACAUAAGCUAGUUCCAGACAGAAGGUCAUGUUUACAGCUAUUACAUUUUUAUUCUGUGGCAAGAAUGGAAGACUUAACUUCCUAACUAUUAGUAUUUGUGAGCUUAUCUUAAAGCUAGCUAACGGUUAUGUUAUUCUUUUUCAUGGACGUUUCACUAUUCUCUGUCGUCUUUGUUGCUGAUCAUUUGAUAAGUGGCUAAAUGAAAGUAUUUGUCAGGCUUCAUUUGUUUCUUCUAUUUACAAACCCCAAACACAGCCGUAGGGCAUUUUACAUCAUCUCUCUCAGAGAACAAAAGACCACCAUGAGAGUAUGAUGAACUUUGUUAUCGUGCCAUCAUGCUGACUCAGCUCUGCAACAAAUCAUGACGAUGCAAAAAGUGUGUCUGAGCAGCGGCAGGUGAAACUUCUUCCGGAGUUCAAAUAACAUUUGAUCCCACAGUGGGAGGUUUUUUUAAAUUAAUGACACUUAAUUGUUAAAUGAGGUGUGGGGGCAUGAAUCAUCAAAGUAAUGAUGAUGACUCUGUUAGAUUAAAAAAAAAAGCUGUAUUUUAAAAUCUGUACGGUGGUGAUAACAUGAGGAGGAAACAGAUUUUUCUACAAUAUGAACAAACUGUGAUUCCACUCGUUCGUCUUUCUUUCUCCGUCUGAUUCCUCCUGAUGUGGUUUCAGGAUUUCUGCUGCUCCUCUGACAAAGGGACCAAUCCCUGAGUGUGUCUUUCCAGAGCUGGGUGUUGUGCAAUGUAUAACUGUAAUUCUACUCGAAUUUGAAGGGACACUUGACUUCAUGUUUUUAAGGUACCUUUGUUUUUAAUGUAAAUAGAAGCAAUUCCAAUCCAAUAAAAGGAUCCUUUU